UGCGGCUCUGCAAGUGCAUAACAACGAUGUAUUUCUAUUGUAAGGCCCCUAAACUUUACUUUAAUCACUUUGUUGGCAGAACACUCUGUUUCUCUUGCUGGUUUCGUAUUUCCAGUGCCGCUCUGCAAGUGCCUAGUCUGCGUCUCCUUGACUGCUUGAGAGGAGGCGACCGCCCACCGCCCUCCUCGAUCGAAAUGCGUCAACUCAUCAACACUCACUCAUCAACAUCGGAAAACAGGAAACCGAAUUCAGAAGCAGAGAAGCUGACAACCAGAAAUUUUUGACAGGCCCUGACCAGGACACACCCUCCCAAACUAUGAAACUCCUCCUACCUCCAAUCCGCUUGCGAACGGCGAAGCCCAAAGUAGGUUGCACACAUCCUGAUUUCCUGCCCAACGAGGUUAUCAAGAUCAUCGAGACUGUCUCCCCCAUGGAACCCGCUCUUGAAAAGGUAUCUCAUUUCCUAUCAUCUCAUAUGGUGACCUCUGCUCUUCGGAAGCUACAAAAACCUGAGCUGAAUUUUCGAUUUUUCAUUUGGGCAACAAAUAGGAAACGUUUACGCAGCUUAGAUUCGCUUAAUUUAAUCACCGACAUGAUCGUAAAGGAUGAAAAUUUCGAUCUAUAUUGGAAGACGCUCGAGGAAGUAAAGAGUUCUGCAAUGCCAAUCUACCCGGAUGCUUUCAACGUUCUGAUCUCUGCCUAUUGGAAGCUAAAUAAGGCUGAGUUGGCCAUUGAGUGCUUCGAUAGAAUGAAAGAUUUUGAUUGCAAAGCUAAUUCUUUUACAUAUAAUUCCAUCCUUCACGGUAUGGUUCAGAAAGGUGUAAUUAUAUUAGCAUUAGCCGUGUAUAAUACGAUGAUGAAGUCAAAUUGUUCUCCAAACAGCUUUACAUUUAACAUUUUGAUCGAUGGAUUGUGUAAGAGUGGGAAUACACGGGAUGCACUUGCACUGUUUGAUGAAAUGUGUACAAGAGGGAUACUGCCAAGUAAAAUGACUUAUACAGUUAUUCUUUCUGGACUGUGUCAGGCAAAGAAAAUAGAAGAUGCAUGUAGGUUGUUUAACUUGAUGAAGACUAGAGGGUACACUCCAGAUUAUGUAUCGUACAAUGUCUUGCUCAAUGGGUUCUGUAAAUCGGGUAGGAUUGAUGAAGCACUUGCAUUAUUUGAGUCCUUUAAAAGUGAAGGCUAUGGUGUAGGGCUGGAGGGAUACAGUUGUCUAAUUGAUGGGUUGGUUAGGGCUAAGAGGUUUGACGCAGCUAAUUGUUUAUAUAAAAAGCUCUUAGAGAUUAAUAUUACACCUGAUGUUGUUUUAUGCACUAUUGUCAUUAAGGGGUUAUCUCAAGAAGGUAGAGUGAAGGAUGCACUGGAUAUACUGAGAGAAAUGACAGGGAGAGGUGUUAUACCAGACACCCAGUGCUACAAUACGCUGAUUAAGGGGUUUUGUGAUAUGGGUCUCCUUGAUGAAGCAAGAUCUCUUCAGCUUGAACUUUCACAGAACGGUUGCUUUCCGGACACUUACACCACAACUUCCCUCAUUUGUGGUAUGUGCAAGAAUGGUAUGGUGAGGGAAGCAAUGGAUAUCUUCAGUGAAAUGGAGAAACUAGGUUGCUCUCCUUCUGUUGAGAAUUUCAAUGCCCUUAUAGACGGACUUUGUAAAUCUGGCAAGAUUGAUGAAGCCCGACUCAUGUUUUACAAAAUGGAGAUAGGGAAGAAACCGUCAUUAUUUCUUCGGCUUUCUCAAGGCGUUGACCCAGUUCAUGACACGGCAAGUCUCCAAACAAGAGUUAAUAAGUUAUGUGAGGCGGGGUCAAUUCUCAAGGCUUACAAGCUUCUUAUACAGCUUGCAGACAGUGGAGCCGCCCCUAACACCGUUACAUACAACAUUCUGAUAAACACAAUGUGCAAAAUGGGAAAAAUAGAUAGUGCAUUGAAACUCUACGAGGAACUUCAAAUCAAGGGGCAUUCCCCCGAUCCAGUCACUUACGGGACCCUCAUUGAUGGAUUACAAAGAGUUGGGAGGGAAGAAGAUGCUUUUAAGCUAUUUGACCAUAUCAGCAAGAACGUACAUUCACCAAGCAUGUACAAGUCCAUGAUGACAUGGUCUUGCCGUAGGCGGAAGAUCACUCUAGCUUCUAAUCUUUGGUUGAGGUAUUUGAGGAGUCAAGCCACGAGGGAUGAAGAGGAUAUCCAAUUGGUUGAGAAAUAUUUGGAGGAAGGGGAGCGGGUGAAAGCGGUCCAGAGGUUGCUGGAAAUUGAAACCAAGUUGGCGGAUUUUGAUUCGGCCCCAUAUAGUAUUUGGUUGAUUGGGCUUUGUCAGAUAGGUACUCCAGAAGAGGCAGUCAAGGUUUUCUAUAUCAUUCAGAAGUUUGGACUGAAUGUGUCUGCUCCGAGUUGUGUGAUGUUGAUUAGCAGUCUUGUUGAGAUUGGAAGUUUGGAUCAGGCUGUGGAGGUUUUCCAUUAUACUUUGGAGAAAGGUAUACGUUUGAUGCCACGUGUCUGUAAUAAGUUGCUCCAAUCCCUUCUUUGUUCUAAAGAAAGUUCUGAGCUUGCCUAUGUGGUGUUAAAUGGUAUGAAUUUGACGGGUUGUGACUUGAGUGUCUAUCUUCACGCCCACACAAGAUCUCUUUUACGACAUUGGAACAUAAGGGAAUCAAAAAACACAGCACCUGGAUAGGGUUGUUCAGGUCUAGUUUGUUAUUUUCACGGUUGUUAAAGCUUGUGCUUCCUUCCCACAUUGUCCUCACUAACCCCAGUUUUCAUUGAGAAAGGUUUGCUUAUAUUUGUGCAAUCUACUGAGAGUUACAUCGGAGAAACUGUGUUAAUGUGUAUGUUUGCGGAUAGUUGGCACCCUCAAACGGGAUAGUUGACACGGGAUGUUCUUCACUACCAAGCAAGCAAACAAACAACACACGGAAAGCGGCCCUAACCCUGGUGUCACAUAGGUGGUUACACAUGCGCCCUAAAGCGGGCUGCCAUCGUUGCCGUCUUCUUGCACCAACCGGCUACGUACUACGCUUACAUCCCGUUUCUCCUUUUUUUUGCUCAGGGGUUGAUACUCCAGACCUCACGCCUUCAGCAACUAUAAAUUCGUUUUUAUGCAACUUGGGAAAAACUUCCACACUUCCUGUCAUCUCUCUGCUUCCCUUCCCCUGUCUAUGGUGGUUUUCAGUCCCUUUUAGCUCCCUCUCACUGUCAUUCAUCUGCUUAAGACUGAAUCAAGGUAGUCAAAGUCGAAAGGCGCAAAGCGCUAGGGGCCUUCCAGCGCCUGAGGUGCAAGCCGCUAUUAAAGCGCUCGCCUGACUCGGAGGGCAGAGGCUUCAUGAAGUUACAGAUUGGCAUUAGGAUUACCUUAUGCACCCGUCGAGCUCGUAGGGAACACCGACACUAGCGUUUCUCAACCGACAUUUUCUUCAGUUCCCCAAAUUGUCAGUUAGGCAAUUGAAGAGUUUACUUUGAUUGGCAAUUAUCUCUCAGUCCUUCAAUACUGUUCUACGGCUAGCACAUGGCCUCUGUCGAUUGUGAUGAAAUCAGUUUAAAAUUAAGCCCCUCUGAAACACAAGCAUCCAAACAAAAAGUGAAGUGCGACCAUGGCGUUUCUUCAUCGCUGCAGAUGGUAUCCUCAGGGCGAAACAAGGGAAAGAGAUUUAUGGCUGCCCCAAAUUGAAGCACGGUCCAACACACAAGUAUUUAAUUGUGACGGAAUGAAAAUCUUAAGAACGAGCUGCAGAAAAUUCAGGCUGCGAAAAAAUUGUUGUUGGAGAAAAUCAUAUGUCCGCUUCGAUUGAAGCUCUCUGUUAUGCCAUUUGAGGAACGAGUAAUUGCGUAGCGAAGGAAGAUAUAGAGAAAUACAGAUAGAGAAGAAAACUGGUUGGGUAGGAUCUUCUAAGACCAGAAAUAAAUUGAAUUCUUGUACCUGCGGAACUCGAUUGACCCUAUCAAUAUGCUUGGUUUAUAUGUGGAAAAAGAAACUGGUUAAACGGUGUUACAGUAAAAGAAAGCUCUGUCUAGUUCAUUAUUUGUAUGUGGACCUCAUGGGAAGCUUGAAUUACUCAUGCAAAAGUUUGAAGUAGGGAUUACUUUUGUUUAAUUGAUUAAAGCAAGGAUUAAUCUUAUCAAUUUCACCUAUACAUAAAGCAUGUUUAUGAAUUAAAAUGCUUAACUCA